AGCAAUCUCCACAUUCCCUGUCGCCCGCCGGCCCCAAGACCAUGAGCUAGCUAGAGCACGCCUUUACCUCGACAUGCAUGGUCGUCUCGGUCGAUCGCACAACACUCAAACCCUCGCUACGGCUACGUACAGCACCGGCCUUCUUAGCUUUCUUUCUCCAGCGAUCGAUCGUCUCCGGCCGGCCGGCCGGUCUCCCCAUAUAUAAACUCGCGAGGACGCUCGAUCCCUUCUCGUCUAGUAGUCGUUAGCAUAGCCCUAGCCCUCAGCUUUCCGUUUUUACAUAUAGUACGCACUCUCUCGCUCGAUCCGCUACAUCGGUCGCGCGCCUAGCUCUACAAAGUUUGAAGCUUUGUAGCUCUACAUCUACAGAGUUCAUUAGCAUGAGGCUUCACCAUUUCCAUGUGGCUUACUUGGAUAAAGCGGCAGGCUCGCCGCCGCCGUCGUCGUCACCACCAUCCAUCUCACCAGCAUCUCACAGUCACAGCUCGUCGUCUGCUGCCACCAUCGUCCCUCUGGCCCUCCAGCAAUACUGUCUACGCCCGCUUGCGCCCAAGAUCUCCUUCCCUGAGGCGAGGAAGAUGGUCGUCCUUCCUGAGUUCGCUCGCGUCAGGAAUGCUUCUUCGAGGCUGCUAAACUGCACGGUGCAAGUGCCGCCGACGACGACGACGGUGGGUGGCACGACGCGGUGGAACCCGUCGCCGGACCAGAUAAGGGUGCUGGAGAUGCUGUACCGCGGGGGGAUGCGCACGCCCAACUCGUUCCAGAUCGAGCAGAUCACGGAGGAGCUCGGCAAGUACGGCCGGAUCGAGGGCAAGAACGUCUUCUACUGGUUCCAGAACCACAAGGCCCGCGAGCGCCAGAAGCAGAAGCGAGCUGCCCUCCUCACCCUCAGCACCACCACCACUGCUUCCACGCUGCUACCACCAGCUGCUGAAACCAAGGAGGGAGUGGAGACGAAAAAAGAAGAAGCGUGUGAAGAUGCAUCGAGCCGCAAGCGGAGGUGCAGGGCCUGGGAAGAUGUCGUCGUCCAUGGUGGCGGCGACGAUGCCGGUACGGAGGUAGCUGACGACUACUACACCGACGACGAUGUGACCCUGGAGCUCUUCCCGCUGCGUCCUGAUCAGGGGAAAUAAAGCUAGCUAGCUAGCUAGCUAACUAAUUAAGUAAGGCGGACAAGCGUACGUAUAUGCGUAAAGUAUAUGCCCGAUCCAUGUCUAUGUCCUCUCGGUCGUUCCAUGCAUGCAUGUUCCCCUGGAUCGGGCUGCUGUUCGUGCGAACACUAAACACUUUGGUC